AAGUAGGGGUGCUCUUCCAGAGACUGCAGACCACGGGGGGGUUCCUGCCCCAUAGAUCUCCACUCAUAAAACCCCUCGGCCGGCUGAACAGAGAAAAAUUCCAGGUUUGAAAGAUUUAGCAAGCCAGCCCCUUCUUGACCUUAACAAGCCACGAAUAUUCAAAUCGAAGGAGCGUGCACGCAUUCCAACCCAACAGUCAAGGCCAGACCAAGCCGGAAGGAGCGAAAACAAUGGUGCGGCCUGCUGCCCGGAGAAGAUCAAAGAGUAUUGGGGUGGAUCAAAGCAGGGGAAAAAUUCAGAAGUGGGCAGGACACCUUAAAAAACUCACUUUCUGAACGCUGCGAAUAUUAUUGCAGGAGUCGGCCGAUAAACCGCCACCUGAUCAGAGUCCAACACAUGCUAGCUACAUAAUCAGAGGCAAAGCGAAGACGUCGGGAGACAAAGUUGGACGCGCGGGUGUUGAACGUCGAAAAUCGAUUAAUUUGUCGUUGUUUUUUCCUCGCUAAUGCCGGGAACUCUUCCUGGAGCCAAGGAAAAAUCAGGCAACCGGGGGUCUUCUGCUCCAGAAGCAAGAUGGCCUGGCUCACUCACCUCCUGGCUUGUGUCUUUGGCACCGGUUCCUGGAUGGCCAUCAACGGAGUUUGGGUCGAGCUUCCCCUGCUGGUGACCGAAUUGCCGGAAGGCUGGUACCUGCCUUCCUACCUCACCAUCAUCAUCCAACUGGCCAACGUUGGACCUCUCUUCGUGACUGUCAUGCACAAACUGAAACCUGGCCUCCUGAAGGAAGUCCCAGUCAUCUGCGUGGUGGUUUCCACGGGCAUCUUAGCUUGCUUCCUCCUGGCCUUCCUUUGGCAUUACACCACGCCCGUCGCUGGAGAACCGCACAGCGUGUCUUUCUUCGUCCUUACCUUCUUCCUCUCCCUGGUGGACUGCACCUCAUCCGUCACCUUCCUGCCCUUUAUGGCUCACUUCCACCCUCGGUACAUCCCCACCCUCUUCAUCGGGGAAGGACUCAGUGGCUUCAUCCCCGCUAUCUUCGCCUUGGCCCAAGGAGCUGGCAUUGCGAGUUGCGUCCAGGUCCCGGCGCCAACCAUCAACGCCAGUGUGGGCAACUCUUCCUGGGGCAACGUAUCAGGGCCGGGCGACUCUCCCACAAUGGAGACACGCUACUCCCCAGCCAACUUCUCCAGCUUGGUCUUCUUCCUUCUCCUGUCCGCCAUGAUGUUCUUCUGCCUGGUGGCCUUCCUCCUCCUCAACCGACAGCCCAAGUCGUGGGACCUUUCCACGCAGGAUUUGUGUUCCAGCGAGAUCACCCUGCACUCCAUCCAGGAGGUCCCCGCGGGCAAGGAGGGGCCGGCCAACUGGAAGGGAAGCCCAAGCUACUCUACGGAGAGAAAGCUGGAGGGCGCCAGUGAAGAGGACAAAGGGGCGGAGAAGGUCACGUACACCUGCUCCAAAUUGGUCUUCAUCUACUUCCUGGUCACUUGGGUCAACGCGCUGACCAACGGCAUCCUUCCCUCCGUGCAAAGCUACUCCUCCUUGCCUUACGGCAACCUGGCCUACCACUUGGUGGCCACCUUGAGCUCCAUGGCCAACCCCCUGGCCUGCACCGUGGCCACCUUCCUACCCAACAGGUCUCUUCUGUUCUUGGGGAUCCUGACCGUUGCAGGAACCGCCUUUGGGGUCUACAACCUGGCGAUGGCCGUGCUCAGCCCCUGCCCGCUCUUGCAGCACUCCUACUGGGGAGAUGCCCUGAUUGUGAUCACCUGGGUGUCCUUCACCGGAGCCCUCACCUACGUCAAGGUGAUGCUGGGGAUGGUCCUUCGCAGCUGCAGCCACAACGCCCUUGUUUGGUACGGAGCGGUGGAGCAGCUGGGCUCUCUGCUCGGAGCUGUGUUGAUGUUUCCCUUGGUGAACGUCUACCACUUCUUCCAGUCUGCUGACUUCUGCAGCUACCAGUGCCCGGCGUGACGUGCCGAGAUUGAAGCAGAGGCUUUUGUCACACCUGCCAGCCACGUGCAUUCUGGGAACUGUCUCCCAGAAGUAGUCCCCCCCCAAAAAACCCACCCCUCUCUUUUUAGACAGAAAGAAGGCAAGGUGUUGGAGAAGAUAAGAUGUCUGCGAAAGACAUCUUCAUAGUCAACAGGAGUCCAGGUAGCAAAGGGAACGCCCUCUUGAGUUUUUGCUCUACACAUCAUUAACGUUUGGGGGGUCCUAAAGUAGGGUGGAUGCAGCUUGGUGGAGAAAAACCUGGGUGAGUCCCAGGUGACUGUGGAAAUUACAACUUUGCUGCCAUCUUGACUUUGCUUGGACCUUGGCAACCCGGAGGAGGCAGCCGUGCGUAAGAAUAAACGGCCCGUGAAUCUA